AGCCGCGGGCCGUAAGAAACUCCUGCCUGGGCGGUGACCGUGUGCGAGAGCCGCCUCUCGCUGCCCUCAUCAGUCGCCAGUCGGCGGCUCGAUGUGAAGCUGCCUCAGUCUGAAGCCCUUUCCAAGGUUGGAGCUGGGGGAGGGGGGUAUGAGGAGCUCCACAAUUAGCCUCUGUUCCUGUGUAAGAGUGGGACCAUCCAAGGCGCUUCUGCACCGGCUCCAGCAUUUUCCAUCCGAAGUAGCAGAAAUUUCUGAACCCUUUCUCCUUGGCGGACCGCCUGAACUUCAGCCGCGACCCUAUAAACUGCAGGAAUUAACACCUUGACCCCCAAGUGAAUUCAGAAUUAAAUUGGGGGGAAACCCCAAGGAAAAAACUUUGCCAGAUUUUGAGUUCUCUCUUAAUCUGGGUCUUUAAGUGGGAUCGUCCAAGGGGUGAACUUUCAAAGGAACGGGAAUAAGUCGGAUUUUAUGAUAAAUUCUCUCUCAUACAGAGUGUGUGUCCCAUCCCCUUUUUUUGUGAGCAGCCAGACAGGUGAUGGGCGUAUCAGUCCGGUGCAGUGUUGACUCAUGGGUUUUUCAGUUUGGUCUGAUCUGAACAAAUAUGCAGAUCUACCGGCUGGUCUGCUGCUGAUGCCAGAGAGAGAGAGAGAGGGGGGACGGCAAGGAAACGUACAAAUCCAAUGUGAAACAGGGAAAAAAAAAUCCUCACACUCUUAGUGACUUUUCCGAGGGAUGGUACUGAUUUUUUCUGCGACAGGGGCGCCGCUGAAGCUCCUAAAUGAUCGAUUCUCGCUACAGGACAAACUUGAAGUGAAACGAAAUGAGAGCCACGGUUUAUUUCAUGCUCAGCUUUUGUUACCUGACCUGUACAUGUACAGAGGAAGCUGAAUUUCCCCCCGAAUUGCUUGAGAAACUGGCACACAGUGAUAUUACCAGCAUCCGCGAUCUUCAGCGCCUCCUGGAGAUUGAAUCCGUAGGGGAUGAUGAUCACACAGAAGCUAAUUUAAGGUCUCACAGUAUUAAUGCAGUAAAACAUGAGUAUACAAAGCGUUCAGCACCUAUACGCAGAAGGCGAAGUAUUGAAGAAGCUGUUCCUGCAGUGUGUAAAACAAGGACUGUCAUUUAUGAAAUACCUCGCAGUCAGAUAGAUCCCACCUCUGCCAACUUCCUGAUAUGGCCUGCUUGUGUGGAGGUCAGACGCUGCACAGGCUGCUGCAACACUGGCAGCGUCAAAUGCCAGCCCUCUCGGAUACAUCAUCGAAGUGUCAAGGUUGCAAAAGUGGAGUAUAUAAGGCGCAAGCCCAGAUUAAAGGAGGUUAUAGUGAGGUUAGAAGAGCACCUGGAAUGUAUGUGCACAUUACUACAUUCUAAUUCAGAACACAGAGAACAUGAAGGGCCUUUCACCAGCCCAAAGCGCUUUAAAGGAAGAAAUAGUGAAAAAAUUAAAAAACGGAAGCGUAAAAAGUUAAUACUGGCACCUGACAAGGAUGUGUUUCCAACAUAAAAGCUCUGGGAUGCAUUCAGAUGUGAGGUGAAAAUAAGCUACAUGAGGACUUACAGUGGGGGGCAUGCACGUACAUCUCUUUUGUUACAUGCCAAAAGCCUAUUGCCAAAGGUGCUUUUUCUCGACUGUUAUUUUCCUUUGCCCUCAUUAGAACUGUUUUCCCAGCAAAUUGAAAAUGGACAAAAAAAACUGUCUUAAUUCCAAGGCAAUCAGGAGGAAUAUUGUGGAAUGAGACUGCUCAGUGAACUGACGGGAGGCAUCUUGAUGUUUUAUAUACAUUGAAAAAAAAGGCAUUCAAAUAGAUGGCAAGAAUGUCUAAAAUGCUGCUGAAAGGACAUGGUUUCAAGUGAAUGGAGAACAUAUAAUGAAGAACUUUAAAAAUGGUGCUGUUGAUUAAUAGGCUGUGUCUCCCUAAAGCCUCAAUGGGACUUAACACAAAUGAGAGGCACGGACCAUUUGAGAAGCCUCUGCCAGUACUUUCUUUUCCAGAGCUUAUCCACAAGACUGUGGGGCAAUCUUGCACAUUGUUCUUGUUUUCAUAUGAACUACGCAGUUCCUUCAGAGGGGAUCGGGUGGGGAGCCUUGAAGACGGAUGUUGAGUUUAUUCUCACACCAUUGAGCGUAUAUUAAGCUUGCUUCUACUGUAUUCUUUUUAAUGUUUUAUUAUUCUGUGGACUACUUGUAUAUUUUAUUGCAUUUAGGAGACUGCAGGUAUGUCUUUCCAGCAUAUCAUUGAUUUAUUUUACUGGAAGAAUAUGAUCUUUAACCAAGCUGUUCAGAAAAUUGCGUUCUUGUAAAAUAAAAUCCCAGUCUUUUCAAUAUGUUCCUUUCUUUCCCCUCCUUUCUAAUUUAAAGCAUUUUAAGUAAAAUU